AUGGUAAAAGAAGAAAACAUUCAAAUGCCCUACUCACCUAUUUUGGUUGACUUUGGCAAAUCCAAGCACAUGUCAGAUGUCCAAAAAAAAAACCUACGUGACACUGAGAAGGAGAUCUAUCGAAAACGACAUUUUCACAUUGCACCUGAAGUGAUUGAUGGAUCACACACACCUUCAGUGAAAAGUGAUGUGUAUUCAAUUGGUCUAGUUUUCUGUAAGAUUUACAAACUGGUAAAGGUUAAAAACCUGAAAGACUUGUGCAAAAGGUGUAUAGAACCAUACAAUGAUAGAUGUACAUCAAAUGAGCUGAGAGAAAUGGCUGAGAGAUUAUCAUUGUAACUAGCAGUAACAUAUGGCUGCUGGUUGGAUAAUGGGAUUGUUUCCCAUUAUCCAGUAUUUCCCUGUCACUACAUUUUGCAUGUAAUUUUGAUUGUGGAUUUGACACGUAAAUAGUUUUAAAAGAUAGACUUAAUAUAAUCAUCAUUUUGUAAUAGUUUGAUUUUGUAAUUGCCCGCACCACAACAAACGUUAUUAAUUACUGGUAAUAGUCAGUCCAAGGGUUAAUUUUAAAGUACAGUCGACCCUCCAUGUGCGACCAUCUCUUGUAAAUGACCACCUCCCAUACGCAACCACUCAGUCUUGGCAGUUUGGGUUGUCGCUUAUGGGGGGUGCGACUGUACUUAACAAUUAAGUAGUAUUAGUAGUAACAUAUUGGAUAUGUUUUAAUCUUAUGCACUCAAGGGGCACAGAAUUGAUGUAUCUGUCAGUGUUCCAGUUCAAUACUGACUAAUUUAAAUGUAUGAAGAAAGGCAUCCUCAAUAAAAUUUAUCCAUGAUCACUUCUUUAGUCCAGAGUAUAAACCUAUGAACAGGUUGAUGUCCAAGACCUGGCCAGCUACUUUUGUCCUGCCAAAGUCCUUCCCACCAGUUGUAAUGGAGGCAUUGGGGAAACGAUCUUACAUGGAGAAAAAGGCACGAAGCAAGUUUAUACAAGCCAUAUAUGAUGCAAUUUGUCAAUACACAAUGUGAGUAAACAGUAAAUAUUGAUUCAUGUAGAUUUCAACGCCUGCAAUUUACCAGAAGGUUAAAAUAAUUGCAUAUGCAGGUGGCUUGGGACAAGCUUCUCUAAAGUCUAUGGAAGUCCAUUUCAAGGAAACAUUUCGUAUCCUUUAUGGGCAAGAAAUUGCUGAGCCAUUGUAAACUGCAGAUCUGAAUCAUUUUGAGUUUGUAAAUGUUGUAGUUAAACAAACAAAAAACAAAAAUUACCUGAGUUAAAAAAUUAACUAUACCAUAUACACAACUGGGUUAGCUACAUUGUAACUCAUGCAGUACACCCACGCUUGCAUGUGAGCUACAUUUGUGUCUAAUAUGUAUUAUAAGUGGACACAAUAUGCUCUAGCCUGUCUUAGGCUUGGUUAUUUACAAAUUUAAAACAAAAAAGACAGAAAGAACAGACUUAGUAAUGCUGUAGGGUGCCUGCACAAAAGUAUUUUACCUAAUUUUAUUCCUGCAUUUUUUGGGAAAAAAGGUUCUGGUAUUAUGCAGAGAGAGAAAAACACUGCUGAAAAUGAAUGUAUGCAUUAAAACUAUUUUGUCAGAAAUCACUUAUAUCAUUCUAUUUAACUUUGAACGUGACAGGUCUCCUACAGCAGAUCAAAGAAGACAAGUUUGCAGACAAAUCAUAACAGAUUAUCCUUUUCAAGCUGAUGUAGAUGGUGGUUGUGUAAGUAGAUAUAUUAUUAAUAUGACUAUUAAUUGAAUUUGAAUGAAAGGGCCAAAGACUUAGCACAACAAAAACUGCAAAUUUGGUAUCUGGAUUAAAGAAAAUAAAAUUUACCCAGAGCUUCACUCUGAUCAAUAACAGGCUAUGUGUAUGUUCUGUUUAACUAUGCAACGGGGCCUGCCAUAAGUGACCACCCACGGUGCAAAGAUUAGAGGUUUGGUAUUGAAGUGUCACUAAACUGGAACAUUCAGUGCACAUGGUGAUCAAACCAUGUGCCAAAUGGUUGUUAACAUGAUGUUAAGAACAAUGAAAAUUCAAACAUCUUUAUUGAAAAAAGUGGUCUCGUGAGAGGAUUAAACUGUAGUGACUUGACUGGAAAAAGUUUGGUGUUUUGGAUAGGUGGCAGCUUCUAUAUGACAGGUGGUUGUGUUGUGGUUCAGUUUUAUCCUUGGUUUAAUUUUUAUUUCCCUUUGUUUCAAACUCAUAAUCAUACAUUACCAUAUCCAAAAACAAAGGAACAUAAAAAUUAAAAAAGGAUAAAAUUGAACCACAACAGUUGUACAUAAAGGUUCAAUUGUAGUUACUAUACUGUUUAUGAACUUACGGUGCAGUACCCAACAUGACAAUCAAUACUAUUAUUACAAAUGAAUAAUAUUGUUGCACAUAAAUUUUAAGAGCAACAAUAUUAUUUAUAUAAAAUAAAAUUAUAGAUGAACUGUACUUGACACUCUUGUGAUUUGAACACUUAACAGGAAAGCUGGUAUAGAAUCCUCACUGA